AUGCCGCGAGAGCUGGAGGACCUGUUGAACGAGUGCUGGAGCAAGCUUGUGGAACCGGGCGCAUGGCUAUCGUACGACGAGCAGAUGGUGAAGAGCACGGCGAGAGCGAUGUUUGCGUUGAUGAGGUUCAACAAAACGAAGCCUAUCAAGACCGGAAUAAAAGGCUGGGCUAUUUGCUGCCCGUCCGGCUACUGCUUCGUCCAAAGCAUCGACGGCGGGUUCAGCGGCGACAUCAAGCUAAGACCGCACGCGACUUGCCCCCUUGGGCGGUCGGCACGCACGGUCCUUUACGUACUACUCGAGGCGUGCCCGACCUUCUCCGACAAGAUCGUCGGCUCCGGUAUUACCGUGGCGAUGGACAACUUCUUCACGGGAGCCUCCCUUGUGCGAUGCCUCGCUACGCGCGACAUUUUCGCCGUAGGGACUCUACGCGGCAACCGCACCGGAGUGGACCUCGCCAAACAUCUCUGGGACAAGGAGGGCCUCAAGGCGACAGAGCGUGGUGACAUGCUGACGGCCCGCUCCGACGAGCUCGUCAUCGUCAAGUGGAUCGACUCCCAGGAGGUCUACCUGAUGUCGACGAAGCAUGUUUUUGAGGACGAGUGGGCACCUCUCGCCUACGAGAGGCGAGCUGCGAACAACAACGGCGAGAAGGUGUCGAGCCAGCAACCUCUUGCUCGCAAGGAGUAUGUCAAGAACAUGGGUGGCGUGGACGUCGCAGACCAGCGGCUAAGCGCCCACGCCCACACGCACAGGCCUAUGACGUUCUUCUAGAGGCGAGUCUUCGAUCAAAAGUUCGCUCAAGCCGUCAGAAACGCGUGGCUCCUGUUCUUCGAGUGGGCCGGGGUGCUAGCCACGCAGUGUACCGCGGCAUUGGAGGCGGCGACACGAGACGAGGGGGGUGGGUGAUGCCGGGGAAGCCGGGGAAGCCGGAGAGGGAGGGGCGGCGGCGGGCACUUGCGACCUCACGAUGGCAGAGCUCCAAGAAUUUCAAUGCCUAGUCGAGAAGGCUAUGAAGAUGGAGCGUAUUGACUGGGACCGUAGGCUCGCGAAUCACCUCAUGUCCUUGUGUAACGUGGGUGACGGUGGGAAGGGGGCAAGGCGCACGACGGCAGUGGAGUCGUGCCGCGUGAAGGGCGCACGCGGUCAGCGUGUAUGCCAUGGGGGGGCUUGCACAAAGACGGCCGGUCCGUACACUGGGACUAGAACUUGUGGGGUUGUUUUGUUGUUUUGUUUCUCUCCCAUCAUUGGACUCUGCCGUCUGCCCCUCUGGCCCCUAUCCUCCACUUCUACUGGCUAGACGACCCAACCGGGGUCACAUAGGAGGGGGGGGUUGGGACCCCCUCCUGCGGUUCAUGCCUGAGGUAUUUUUAUCGCGAGAAGGGUACAGCAAUCCCUUCCCUCGCGACUUACGAAGUCGAUUAUGGUUUACUAACAAACGGGCUUUGCAGCUCGUCGUUUUCAUCCUAGACCAGGAUUUAUUUAGUGAGAAAAUAACUCUCUCUGCCGGGACUCGAACCCAUGACCUGGCCCUUAGCAGGCUGCGAGGCUACCCACUAGACCACCGGGGCGACCGGGGUAUGCUGGUGUGAUACUUGCACGGGUGGGACGGGGAAGGACCGGGCGUUGAUGCUGUGCAAUACGUGCAGUAAAGUACCAGAAGCACAUGUUGCCGCUAAAAAGUGGGCCGCCGAGAGAACGUACAAGCCAAUCAAUUGGUUUGGAUCGCCGCCCGAGUAAUUCAUUGUGAUUGUGUGUGUCCCAGGCAAGUGCUUUGAAGUGCCAGAAAAUGCGUCGUCGCCACCGUCAGAAGACUAUCGGGGGGGGUCCAUACAAGUUAGUCGACAAGCAGCCCUGUUGCAACGAUCUUCUGUCUGUAGCUUGACUAGCUGAUAGUUGAAUCGGAGUCAUUGUCGUUGUCGUUGUUUGCAUGCUACGGUGUCAAGAUGCCGCCCGGUGCGGCGGUUGGUAUGCACUCGAAACACGCAGAGAAUAGCAGGAGGCAGGAGGGCUUCCCACGGCUUCAUGGGUACCUCGUACAACCCCCUGCUCUUUUUUCGCUACUCGGGUGCCAGGGUUAGGGUUAGUCUGGCAUGCGUUAGCAAUGUCAGCGUUCCGGGUUGGAAUGGAAGCGUAGGUUCAUGUUUCAACAGGCGGGCCACGGCCCCGCGCCAAUGGAAGAAGUCUUGCGCAUGCAAAAAAUGCGGAAAGGUGUUACGACUCAUGCCUAUCGUAAAUUGAACAACACGCAUACACUCAUGCUUUUAUGGGUACCACGGACACCUGUUUGUCACGUGCCGUUCACUAUCAUGGUGGCAAGAGCGAAGAGGCACGUGUCGUGUAAUGCCUGUUGAAAUGUUGUUUGGGCACAAUC